AUGACUAUUGUAGGAACUCCGAGUGGGUUCAAUGAAUGGGAUGGAGAUUCAUUAGGUUCCAUUUCUGAUAAAAUAUACCAAAACUAUUUGGCACCGAAUUUAGAACUGUUUGAUGCAAAAGUGACUAUCAAUCAUUGGCAGCUUAGAGAUUGUAUCAAACCUUAUUCAGGUAGUUCGAAUGGUGAACUGUAUUAUAUAUAUGAUCAUUCUAUUAGAUCGUUAAACACUGAUUCCAGAUGUUUAUCUUCGGAACAACAAUAUUAUGAUGAUGAUAAUGAUGAUGCUAUUGAUGUUGAUGUUGAUGAUGUUGAUAAUGACGAUGGAUCAAAUCAAAAGACAAAGAAUAAAAGACAAAGAAUAUCGAAAUAUACAUUGGCAGAUUCAAAUAUCAAUAAGAAUAACAAUUCAAAUCUAUACGGAUCACCUACUCAAACAGUUGUGGAUUUUAAUUUUAAACCAAGAUGUUUCACUGAACAAAAUGGAUUAAUUGCAUGUGGUGGAUUAGUAGGAUCAGAUGAUAAAGGGUUCCCAACCAAUUGGAAUCGGGUAGAUCAUGAUGAUUCCCAGGCUACUUCCUCAGGAUCAUCCUUAUCAACUUCUUUACAAUCACCUGCACUACCAAUAUCGAUGUCAUCAAGGAAUAUACUUUCAGAUGGCUCUAAUUAUGGGAACCCAAAUAUAUGGAAAGGUAUACUUUCAAUAUAUAAUCACGAAUCAAAAUUUAAAACGUCUGUGAUACUAGGCCAAUUUAUUAAUAAUUGCGUUACUGUACAUGGUAGAUCUACACAAAGUUAUAACCUUUACACUUGCAAUAAUGAUGGUCACAUUUAUCAAUGUGAUAUAAGUAAUAGAUCUGUGGAAUUAGUAAGGCGGUAUUCAGACUUGUCAUUCCCAUUAAAUAAUGCAUCGUUGUCUCAUGAUGGUAAAACAAUGAUAGUAUCUGGUGAUUCUAAUAAGUUUGCCAUUUAUAAACAAAAUGAAGUCAUUAAUCAGUUUACUCUUAAGUAUGACAAUCAACCUGAAUGGGGGAGUUCAAAACCCAGUCGAGUUGGAAUUACUCCAAGAUUCGAUACGAACGAUAUAACUGCAACCAUUGAUAAUAAUGUAUUUGAAACUACAAACGGUGACCACGGGUUUUAUAAUUGCUUUUCAGAGAAUGAUUUACAGUUUGCAACGUUGUUUCAAAAUGGUAUUUGUUUAAUGUAUGAUAUUAGAAAUACAUCGAAUCCAUUGGCCGAGAUAAUUUCCACCAGACCACAAUCCCACAAUGGUGCAUUCAGAGUCUGUAGAUUCAGUUAUGGUUUAGAUGAUUUGUUGUUCAUCUCCGAACAUCAAGGGAGAGUUCACGUUGUGGAUACAAGAAAUUUUACAAAUCAUCAAGUUAUUUUUUUACCGAAUAAGAUUAAUGUUGAGUCAGAUGAUGUCAACUCAGCAAGAAGUAGCAGUCACUCAUUGAAUACACUUGCUAAUGGGAUGCGCUCAUACUACCCAGGAUCUAGGGGUGCAAGAACUAGAAUACUGACGUCAGGUCUAACUGAUAACCUAAGCGGUAAGUUUGGGGAACCUUGGACUACAUCUGCUUGUAAACUUCCUUCCAAAUAUUUAGAACCAUACAUUUUACCUUUCCCUAAGGCCGUCAAUAAGCAUUCUAAUCAUUUUUUUAAUCAUGGUCAACAUUAUAAUAGACAGACAGGUUCUGUUUCAUCAAUAGAUUUGAUAUCGGGGGAUUCUGACAGUAAUAAUGAAAACAAUGAAUUGCAGCAAUAUUCAAGGGAAGCAGAUUACGACAUGAAGGAAACAUUUAAAGUUAGAAGAAUCUCAACAGCAUCAGGUCAAUGCGGAAACAAAUUUAUACAGGAUGCAAAUAAUGAUUCAGAUAUCAAGAUAGAUUCUUCGAACCUAAGUAGGGGUUCUGGUCAUCAUUCAAAUAUGUUGAGGUUGAAUGUUGAUGAUACUCUCUUCGACAAUGAAGGCGGCAGGAACGCAUUCUAUUUAAACCCAGACAACAGCUCUGAUGAUUCGUCUGCCUUAGAAACAUACCAUAGUUCGUUAAAUAGGAGUCUAAUCGAUCCUAUAAUUGAAAGAACAGGUGAUAGUUGUUUAUCAGAAGAAAAUAAUAUAUCUGGUAUAACUUGGUUAAACGACAGGGAUGGGAAUUCUUUGAUAAUAGGUACCGAUUACGGUAUCGUUAAAUGGAAUAUAAAUUCAUCGGCUAGAAGAAGUUUUGCUAGCUACGAUUUUUGUUAA